AUGAGGCGUGGGACACAGGAUGGGAAGUACAUCACGCUGAACGCGUUGGGCGAACGGUUGGACAAGGAGGCCUUAACGAACCCGGCCAUCGAGGUGCAGCCCUCGCCCAACCGAGACUACUUCGAGAUCCGAGGGCGCGGGGAGAUGCAACUGGGGAUCCUCAUCGAGGAGAUGCGACGUGAGGGCUACGAGAUGUCCCUCUCCCCGCCCACGGUGGUGAAGAGCCAAGGCGAGGAUGGCACCAUCCUGGAGCCCUGGGAGGAUGUGCAGAUCGAGGUGGACUUGAGUCACGGCAGUCAAGUGAUGGAGCGCAUGUCCGUGCGCGGAGCGAAGGUCCAGGACAUGAACACCGUGGGCGAUCGCCAGACGAUCAAACUGGAGGCCUCCACCUCUUCGAUGCUGGGCCUCCGAAGUUGGUUGAAGGAGAUUACUGGUGGGACUGCUACAGUCGUGUCAGACUUCAAGGACAUGAGGCCGCAGGGCCCCAAGCCGCCGAAAGAUAGGAGCGGGGUGUUGGUGGCCAACACUGCUGGGACAGCUACCAGCGUGGACCUGGGGAAGGCUGCUCGCCUGGGAAAGCUCUUCAUUGCGGAAGGCAUCGAAGUGUACCCAGGAAUGAUCUUCGGCGAGAACAAUGGCAUGAAUGACAUUGACACCAACAUCGCCAGGAAGCACGACGGAUACCAGACGGCCGCCAACUUUCAGACGGCUGAGAAGCGGCUGGAGGAGGCCCUAAGCUACAUCUUGGACGAUGAGAAGCUGGAGGUCACCCCCAAGCGGAUUGCCAUGCGCAAGGCCAUCCUGGAUGCCAACGAGCGCCGGAUCGCCGCCAAGGCGGGAAAACGAAGGCUGCCUCCAAGCGAUGAGGAGGGGAUGUGCCGUUGGGACGCGCGGAGGGGGCGCUUCCCUCCGCGGAUUGGGCGUCCCGCGGUGGGGAGGAGAUGGAUCGCCUCCCAUUUCUCGGCGGCCGCCCCGCGAAGCGGCGCGUGCCGGUGGGCUUGGCUAGGGGCCGAGAUCGGUGCGUCGGGAAAUCUGGUGCCGGCGGUGGCAAAUGCGGGAUCCAUCCUGCGUGAACGCCUCUCCACAUCCGUCGUCUGCAAACUCUCGAAUUCCGAUGCAAACUUCGCUGUGAGCCGGCUCGGUCCGAGGGCAGACGGCCUGGCCAUGGAGUCCACCCGACCCAAGCAUCACCUGGGCAUCCGCUGCGAUGCAGCUGCUGCUUGGGAGCGUGAGCGGGAGCAGCAUUCGGAGGCCUAUUUCGCGGCACAGCUGGCGCAGAGGAGACGAAUACAUGCGGCUUGCUUCAAGCUCCAAAGGUGGUGGAAACAGGAACUGCUGCGCCGCAAGCUCGUCUAUGAAAAUAUGAUGGAUGCGAUGCAACUCCUUCGGGAUUUGGCCGCCAUCAAAGUGCAAAGCUGGUGGAGGGCACGGCAGGGCCUGCCGCCGUUCACGGCGCCCUCGGCGCCGGGCUCGCCCGGGGCACCGCUGUUGGCGCCCGGGGUGGAACGGCGUGCGCUUCGAGUACAUGGAGAGGCUGCUCACGGAGGCGGUUGAGGCAGCCGGUACCGUCACCCGCCGUGGAACCACGAGUACCGGCAGCGGUCCCGUGGGGCGGGUCCGCUGUACCUAGCCAGGCUGGAUGAUCUGGAAGAGUACUUCUUCUCUGAUGCUAGUAGAUGAGAGGAUGAGCCGUCCCCAAGACAGGUGUUGCAUUUAUGGUUGCGGGAAUGAACCCUUCGA